UGCAGCAUGGCCAUGGCUGGCAACUCCACCAGCGACCUCCACGCUCCAGGGCAGCAGCUGAGCAUCGCUGACAUCAUCAUCAUCACCGUGUAUUUUGCCCUCAACCUGGCCGUGGGCAUAUGGACCUCUUGUCAGGCCAGCAGGAACACGGUGAGCGGCUACUUCCUGGCAGGCCGGGACAUGAGGUGGUGGCCGAUCGGAGCCUCCCUCUUUGCCAGCAGCGAGGGCUCUGGGCUUUUUAUUGGACUGGCGGGCUCGGGCGCAGCUGGAGGCGUGGCUGUGGCAGGCUUUGAGAUGCAUGCCACAUACGUGCUGCUGGCGUUGGCGUGGGUGUUCUUGCCCAUCUAUAUAUCUUCUGAGAUCGUCACCUUGCCUGAAUACAUUCAGAAGCGCUUCGGAGGCCAGCGGAUACGCAUGUACCUGUCCGUCCUGUCCCUGUUGCUGUCCAUCUUCACUAAGAUAUCGAUGGACCUGUACGCUGGGGCCCUCUUUGUGCACAUCUGCCUGGGCUGGAAUUUCUACCUCUCCACCACCCUCACGCUCGCCAUCACCGCCCUAUACACCAUUGCAGGGGGCCUGGCCACUGUGAUCUACACGGACGCCCUGCAGACUCUAAUCAUGAUGGUGGGGGCUGUCAUCCUGACGGUCAAAGCUUUUGACCAGAUCGGCGGUUACGGGCAGCUGGAGGCAGCCUAUGCCCAGGCCAUCCCCUCUAGGACCAUUGCCAACACCACCUGCCACCUGCCUCGUGCAGACGCCAUGCACAUGUUCCAAGACCCCUACACAGGGGACCUCCCGUGGACUGGAAUGACCUUUGGCCUGACCAUCAUAGCCACCUGGUACUGGUGCACCGACCAGGUCAUUGUGCAACGGUCACUGUCCGCCCGGGACCUGAACCACGCUAAGGCGGGCUCCAUCCUCGCCAGCUACCUCAAGAUGCUUCCCCUGGGCCUGAUAGUCAUGCCAGGCAUGAUCAGCCGUGCACUGUUCCCAGGUCUGCGAGGGCUGAUGAUCGCAGUGAUGCUGGCCGCGCUCAUGUCGUCGCUGACGUCCAUCUUUAACAGCAGCAGCACGCUCUUCACCAUGGACAUCUGGAGACGGCUGCGGCCCCGUGCUGGCGAGCGGGAGCUGCUGCUGGUGGGACGGCUGGUCAUCGUGGUGCUCAUCGGCAUAAGUGUGGCCUGGAUCCCCGUCCUGCAGGGCUCCAACAGCGGGCAACUCUUCAUUUACAUGCAGUCAGUGACCAGCUCCCUGGCACCCCCAGUGACCGCAGUCUUCAUCCUGGGCAUCUUCUGGCGGCGUGCCAAUGAGCAGGGGGCCUUCUGGGGCCUGAUGGCAGGGCUGGCGUUGGGCGCCACGAGGCUGGUCCUGGAAUUCCUGUACCCGGCCCCACCCUGUGGUCACUCCGAUGUGCGGCCCGCCAUCCUCCACAGCAUCCACUAUCUGCACUUUGCCGUCGCCCUCUUCAUGCUCAGUGGUGCUGUUGUGGUGGCCGGGAGCCUGCUGACUCCGCCCCCCCAGGGUGUUCAGAUCGAGAACCUUACCUGGUGGACCCUGGCUCGGGACCUGCCCUUGGGAGCCAAAGCAGGUGACGGCCAAAUGCCCCGGAAACAUGCCUUCUGGGCCCGUGUCUGUGGCUUCAACGCCAUCCUCCUCCUGUGCGUCAACAUCUUCCUCUACGCCUACUUCGCCUGAUGCUGGGCAGGAAGGCGGGAGCCCUGAGUCCUGAGGCCCACCCCCAUUCCCUGAGGACACUGAGGCCCAGAGAGGGCCGGACUCCCCUCACUGCCACACAGCGGGGCAGUGCCCAGGCAAUGCCCAGGGCCUGGCUGAGCCAGUAAAGCAAGAGCCCUGAAAAAUUAGGGGGGAAUGGGAAAAAAGAGUGUGAUAUUUCAAAAAUAGCACCAAAGUAGUCAUAACUGGAUAGAAAAUUAAAUUUCUGAUGGACAUCC